ACUGGUCAGUCAGUCAUGGCGUGUAAACUGUUGGCAACGUUUCUAAUUAUCGCGGUCCACUGCUCACUGAGCAGUGGUGCGGCUAUAGAGCUCGAUCACGAGAGGGCAACUACGACUGAAACCACCAAAGAUUGGUGGCAAACGGCACAAUUCUAUCAGAUAUAUCCUCGAUCCUUCAAGGACUCCAAUGGCGAUGGCAUUGGCGAUUUGCAGGGCAUUAUCUCCAAACUGGACUAUCUCAAGGAGAUUGGUGUGACGGCCACCUGGCUAUCGCCCAUUUAUACCUCACCCAUGGCAGACUUCGGCUAUGACAUAGCCGACUUCUACGACAUUCAGGAAGAGUAUGGUACUUUAGAGGAUUUCGAUGAGUUAAUUGCAGAGGCCAACAAGAGGAAUAUCAAGAUCGUUAUGGACUUUGUGCCCAAUCAUUCCAGCGAUGAGAAUGUGUGGUUCCAGAAGUCGGUAAACCGCGAAAAGGGCUACGAGGAUUAUUAUGUGUGGCAUGAUGGUUAUAUUAAUUCCACCACAGGAGCACGUGAACCACCAUCCAAUUGGCUGCAGGCUUUCCGAGGCAGUGCCUGGGAGUGGAAUGAUCAACGUCAGCAAUAUUAUCUCCAUCAAUUUGCUGUCAAGCAGCCUGAUCUCAACUAUCGCAAUCCCGCCGUGGUGGCCCAAAUGAAACGAGUGCUGACCUAUUGGUUGGAUCGUGGUGUCGCUGGUUUCCGCAUUGAUGCUGUGCCCUGGUGCUUUGAGGUUCUACCCGAUGCCCAGGGUCGCUAUCCAGAUGAGCCUUUGAGUGGUUAUACCGAUGAUCCAGAAGACUCCUCGUAUCUCAAGCAUAUCUACACUUUAGAUCUGCCAGAGACUGUGGAUAUGGUAUACCAAUGGCGCACUCUAAUGGAUGAUUAUCAGCGCAUUUAUGGUGGCGAUACGCGUAUCAUUAUGGUGGAAACGUAUUCGGCUCUUGAUUAUGUUAUGCAAUUCUAUGGCAAUCGCACCACGAAGGGUGCUCAGAUUCCUUUCAAUUUUCAGUUUAUAACCGGCGGAAAUGGCGAUAAGAAUAAUACGGAAUUGAGUGCAGCGGGAUUUAUAAAGAUCAUCAAUAGUUGGUUGGGACUGAUGCCAUCUUAUCAGACAGCCAAUUGGGUGAUGGGCAACCACGAUCAACGUCGCGUGGGCAGUCGUUAUGGAGAGGAGCGUAUCGAUCUCAUGAAUAUGCUGCAAAUGUUUCUACCCGGUGUCAGCAUAACCUAUCAAGGUGAAGAGAUCGGAAUGACAGAUCUCGACAUCAGUUGGGAAGACAGUCGCGAUCCAGCUGCCUGUAAUUCCAAUGCAGAUAUUUACGAACAGUUCACCCGAGAUCCUGCCAGAACUCCGUUCCAGUGGAGUGCAGAAGCAAAUGCCGGUUUCUCCAUCAACAGCACCACCUGGCUACCCAUUAAUCCCAAUUAUGUGACUAUUAAUGUGGAAGCCGAAAACUCCACUGAGCCAAGUCAUUUGAGUCUGUACAAGCAGCUGGUACAGUUGCGUCAAAUCAAGACUCUGCAAAAUGGAGCAACACGUUAUGCCAAUGUGGGUGACAAUGUCCUGGCCAUUAAGAGAUCUCUAACUUGUGAAUCCAGCUACAUACUGGUGGCCAAUGUAUUAUCCAGCAGUGUGGAGAACAUAGAUGUGGCUAGUUCAUUGUAUGCCACUGGAAGCUAUACGAUUAAAUUGGCCAAUCCGGAGGCCAAGGCAACUGAAGGGACGAGUGUUGACCUAAGCAGCCUAUCAUUGGAGCCAUAUGCGGCUUUGAUUUUGCAGUCGGUUUAAUAUAUUUUGUAUUCUAUAUAUAACCACAUAGUAUAUAUACCUCUAUAUAUGCUUUAUCAUAAGUUCUGAAUGGCACAAGAAAAUAUAAUAAUCAUAAGUCAUUGGCCAACCAAA